AUGGAUGAGAGAGAGCCUCCCAUACCACCAGGUCAUCAGCGCAUUCGAUGGAAAAAUGCACGCGGCAAAUUGUUGCACGAUGAUUACACCGAGAGGAAGCCUGGUGCACUACAAGAACUUCAGGACUAUUUGAAUUCCACCAACAAGAGGUGA